UAUAAUUUAUUAUGGAUUAAGUUAAGCCAAAAGUAUUUUUUGUUUUAGGAGGUAUUCUUAAAUUGAUAAAUCAAAAUAGGACCUGGAGCAGGAAAAGGUACUUAAAGUGCUAAAAUGGUUGAAAAGUAUCAUUUUGUUCAUUUAUCUGCAGGUGACUUGUUGAGAGAGGAGGUAAUUUAGUAAAAUAUGUUUUAAGAGAUAAAAAAAAACACAGAAUGCUGAAUUGAUAGAAGAAAUCAUUAAGAGUGGAUAAAUAGUCCCUGUAAUUAUGAUACAUAUUUUAAUAGAGUCAUAUUACUAUUAGUUUAUUAGAAUAAGCUAUGAAAGCUAAAGGUUUAGAUAAAAUGUUUUUGAUUGAUGGAUUUCCUAGAAAUUAAGAGAAUUUUGAUGUUUGGGUUAAAUUAAUGGGUGAUAAGGUGGAAUUUAAAAAAUUGUUUUAUUUUGAAUGUGAUGAAGAGAUCUUAAAAAAUAGAAUAAAAAUUAGAGCUUAAGAGAGUGGAAGAUCUGAUGAUAAUGAUGAAACAUUGAUUAAAAGAUUGAAAACAUACAAUGAAUCUACAAGACCAAUUAUAUGUAUAGAUUUAUUUGUAAGGUUUUAGAAUAUUUUGAUUCUCUUUCACAAUGUAUCCAUAUAAUGGCAGACAAAAAUAUAGAUGAAGUAUUUUAAGAAAUUACAAAGAAAUUAGAUGAAAUCUUGUGAUAUUAAAUUUAA